AGAGUACAUGCGUGUCUGUUUUCCAGAGGUAGCACAAGUAUUCACACUCUACUUAUGUAUAAAUACUAACUACUGUGUAAUAAAUACAUACAUGAAUAAAUAAAGACUGUGUAAAAGUAGCAGGACUAAUUCAACUCCUUUACUUGAUAGUAAAGUAUAGUUAAUUAUGUACAAUAUCCAUUUUGAUUGCUGGACUUGCACAACGGGGAAAAAAAACAUGUUCACAUCCAUAGCUCUGCUAACAUUGCGAACGGAUUAACAAUAUAUCCAAAAUUAGCUAAUAACUAAAAAUGAAUACAGUUUACCUUUUGCAUGUGUGUGUGUUGUUUGUUUUCAGAUUAGAUGGAUGAUUUUUGAAUGCAAAAAAACUGGCACAAGACACUGUAUUCGCCACAAAUAGCACUGGUCAACAAAAGAAUUGUCUUAAGAUUUUGUUUGUUUGUUUUAGGACAAUUUUGAUGUGCUGGUUCCAAAUAUCACAUUAGUUUUGUUCAAUCAGGUCAACCUUUUGAACUACGGCUACAUGUUUUUGUUUACAGGUACAGGUUAUUUUCACUUUAGAGGUUCAACUAAAUGGAGGUUCAUGCCCUGAAUUUUGAACAAUGAUGAUAUAACAUUCAAUUUACAGAUAAGCGUAUGUUUGAAACCAAGAGGAAAGAUCAACUCAACGCACUCAAGAAUCUGGUUGAAUUGAAUGACAUUAACCAGCAAUAUAAGAUAAUAGACAUCAUGCUCAAAGGACUCUUCAAGGUCUUGGAGGACUCCAGACAAAUCCUGGUCUCAGCGAAAAUGCAGCCCGACGACCCAUUCCCUCUGGACGAUAAAAUCAAAGAAGCUUAUUCCCAUGUAGUGGAGAACACAGCAUUUUUUGGCGACGUGGCCUUGCGCUUUCCGCGCAUUGUCCACCACUACUUUGACCGCAACACUGACUGGGGAGGUCUGCUGCGGUGGGGGCUGAAUUUUUGCAACCAAACUGGGGUUUUCACAGGAGGAGCCCACCAACAUGUCCUCACACUGAUGUCGCAGGAACUGGGAAUAACAGAGAAAUCUCCAGACUUCAUCAACCCUUACCGGACAGAAAGAGACGAUGUGCUUCACACUGCUGAGGCCUUCCAGAAGAUCCUGAGGGAGGAAGAGAAGAGGAGGAGGAAGGAGGAGAAAAGGAAAGAGAUCCGAAAAGGCCCCCGCAUAUCUCGCUCCCGCAGCGAGCUAUAGCAGCACACCUCGACAAUGCUUAGUGGAGACAAAGAAGGAAGAGAAAGGAAGUAGGGAACAAUCAAUUCACAAUGGUUUGUUUACCUUGUAGACUGACAAGAGUGGGAAACAAGCUGUCAUCACUUUGUCAAGCUGUGGAAGCUCAAAUGGGACAUCUAUGUGAUGUUAAAAAUGCGGGUUUUUGUUUUUCUCACAUAAGGUCUGAAUUGCUGUACUAUUACAGUGAUUUAUCAUUACAAGAUAGUGUUGUGUAAGAGGCAAAAUAAGUCUGAAAGUUUAUUCUUUAUCACUUAAGGUUAAAUUUUGACGGUUUAAAUAUCUGUUUUGGAAUUAGGUUUAUGUAUGGAAUUACGUUCAUGUAUGUAAUUUACUUCAACGCUUUCCUACAGACUGCUGUUUUGUCUGGAUUUACUCUUUGUUUUUAAAUCCAUCUGCUUCAGGUUGCCAAACAAAUUUGAGUUUACCUCAUUGAAUGUGAUUAACCCGUUUCUGAUUAUUAGGUUGCAUAGAUUAUUUUGGGUCUAAUGCCUGCUCAAUGUUGUACAGAUGUAUUUUCUAUUUUCAUCAGUCUUGUGAGUGUAAUCAAUGGAAAAGGAUUGGCAAUUGUACUUUUACUUUCAUUUUACAUUAGUCUGAGGACCGGGGUUCAAUCCCCGGCCCCGCCUGUGUGGAGUUUGCAUGUUCUCCCAGUGCCUGCGUGGGUUUUCUCCGGGCACUCCGGUUUCCUCCCAUAGUGAGGAGAAGCGGCUCAGAAAAUGGAUGGAUGGAUGGAUGGAUGCCUGCUCAAUGUUGUACAGAUGUAUUUUCUAUUUUCAUCAGUCUUGUGAGUGAAAUCAAUGGCAAAGGAUUGGCAAUUGUACUUUUACUUUCAUUUUACAUUAGUCUUCAGUGUUUUGCGGGAAGUAGGCCUACUUUAGCCUAGCCACGUCUCUUUGUUGUCCUCCAUGUGCCGUUUGUUUCCUUUUUUCUUUUCAUUUUUAGUCACAUAAUUCUGACUGUUAAAUGCACACACCAGCCACAAUAUUUCUUGCAUUCGCACUAUACAAUGAGAACUAAUAUACUACCCCCAUCAUGUAGGUAACCAAAAUAUUAGAGAGAUGUAUUUGUGAGACAGUGCAGAUCUGAAUCACUGCAAACUACACAUACUGGACCUUUAUUACAGUGCCACUUUAAACAGCAUUCAGCAGCUUUUUGUUUUGGAUUUGGAACUCAUUAAAAUGUGCAAAUGUUGUAUUUCUAAUGUUGUGCCCGAUGUUAUCCAGUGGAAGCACAUUGUUGCUGCAGAAUGAACAAGCCAUUUUGGUAUGAAAUGUAAUUAAAGUGAAAGAUACAAUAUGAA